AUGUCUCCUACGCCCCCUCCCCGAUCUUCUGCCCCCGUCAAGCCCAAUGCCGACGUGGGCUCUACACCUUCUCGCCCUGCGCCGUCCGUCGGCCAGGGUAUCUCUUUCGGCCGUGUCGCCCCGGCUGCGCCCACGUCGCUCGUGGGCUUCUCGUUCGGCACAACGGUGCUGCCUGCCGUGGGUCCGUCGGCCGCCUCCGCCCCCGACGUGUCGCUGCCGCCCGUGGGCAGUUCUCCUGCCGUCCCCGCCCCUUUGUCGCCGCCGACCGUAGGCGGUCAGCACCCGGCUGCUCUCGCGCUCUCACCGUAUCAGCACCGAUACCAACACAAGCCUCGCGACAGACUCGUCAGGAUGUCGUCGCUGGAUGGACAUCAACCUCUGCGACAGCUGGACGCUGCGCUCGACGUGCAUCCGGCUAUCAUCACCGCGCUGAUUCGGCGGGUGAAAUCGCUCGUGGCUCGGCUCAUCGAUCGCGACGUCGACGAAGAGCGAGUGCGAGGAGCCGAGGGCCUCAUCUCGGACAAGACUAUCUCGGCAUUCCACGAGCUCGGCGGCGACUUUGGCGAUGCUGUCCCCUAUGCCUUGCUCGAAGCUCGCGUAGAGUUUGAAGAGGAUGCCGAGAAGCAGCCGCUGGACCACGGCCUGAACCGCAAGCGUGCGAUCGCAUGCGAAGUGCUCGUACAGCGACUGGUGGCGCACAUUGAGCGCAGCUCGAUCGGCUCGGCGUCCUCGAGCGUCGGAAGCUACCACCUCUGCUUGACCAAAAAGUUUCGGCGCUUCGAGAGCGACGGAGAUGUGACGCUGCCCACAUCCGCUCUGGAAGCUGCGAUCGAUCAGAACUGCGUGCCUGUGCUCGCAUCCAUCGAGGCGCGACUAGCGACACAAGCCAUCUGGGAGGGAACCCUUGUGCAAAAGUACUCGGCGGGCGGAUACACCUAUUUCGAGCCAUACGACAAGAAGGAGGACGGCGCGUUCCUGUCGCACUUCCAUCCGUCGCGCUUGGGCGUACCCAAGUACUCGUACAUUACCAACAUUGUACUCUGGAUCUUCUUCCUUGCCAUCUUUACGGUACAGACGAGGACGUUCAAGUCGUUCGACGUGUUCGAGGCGAUCCUGUGGAUCAUGGCGGCAGGCUACCUCGUGGAAGAUGCGUCGCGCUGGGUCAAGAUGGGAGGGCUCGGCGCGGUCGAGUUCUGGACCGUGAUGGACCUCUUCACGGACGGGCUGCUUUUCGUCUCGUUCUGCUUCCGCGUGGCGAGCUUUGUGUCGCACGGCAAGCGCUCCGACUCGUACGAGCUGCGAGCGUUCCAGUUCCUGGCGUGCGUGGCACCGUUGAUCUGGGUGCAGCUGCUCAAGGUGUUUGACGGCUUUGUGUACUUUGGCACGCUGACGGUGAUCAUCCUGCGCAUGUUCAAGGAGAGUGCGAUCUUCUUCACGCUGCUCGCGUUGGUCAUGGUCGGGUUCGGACAUGCGUUCCUGGCGCUCGAUGCUGCCGACGAGUCGCGAGUGGACAAUGUGGAGGUCAAGAUCAUCGAUGUGCUGACGCAGUCACUGCUUGGCGGAGCGGAUUUCGAGCUGACGAACGAGGAUGCGUUUGGAUAUCCGUACGGCCACAUUCUGUACUACGCCUACUGCUUUGUGACGGCGGUGAUUCUGCUCAACAUCCUCAUCGCAUUCUUCGGUACGGCAUACAGCGACGUGGUGGAUUCGGCGGACGAGGUGUACGCGGCCUUCUUUUGCCAAAAGGUGGUUGCGAUGGUGCGAGCGCCGGACCAGUUUGUUUACGCGGCGCCGUUCAAUCUGCUCGAGGCGUUUGUGAUCGCGCCGCUGGAGUGGGUGCUGCCGCACGAGACGUACGCCAAGCUGAACUACAGUGUGCAGUCGGUGCUGUUCGCGCUGCCGCUCAUGUGCAUCGCCUUCUACGAGAGCCGGGUGGCUCGCAACGGUGGCUCGAUCCGACUGCCGCUGCUCGAGGCCGAGGAGAACGAUCCGACGAGCUCGAUGCUCGAGGGGACGCAGGAGGACCCGAUUGUUCCCGAGCUGGAUGGCAGUGGAGGCAUGCAGAUUUCGCGAACCAAGUUUGACGAGAUUGUUGGGAUGAUGAAGCAGCAGUGA